CCCCCCCCCUACCCCCUGGGCACCCACACCAUGCAUCACCUUCUUCCUCUCUUCGCCAUCCUGGCCCUCCUUGCGGCCUCUGCAGCCGCCACCGCUCCGGCCAAGUACUCGGUCGAGUUCCACACCACGGUCAACAACAACUCGUCGUUCCUUCUCGAGGUCAACCGGGCGGAUGCGCCGCUCGGCGCUGACCGGCUGUGGGAGCUUGUGACGCUCGGCUCGCCAGCCGGCUCGGCUUCGUACUACGACCUCAACGGGUUCUUCCGUGUCGUCCCGCAGUUUGUGGUUCAGUUUGGCAUCUCGGGCUCACCGGCCGUCUCCAAGGAGUGGAUGAACAAGGAGAUCAAGGACGAUCCGGUCAAGCUCUCCAACACCCGCGGCGUGCUCUCCUACGCUGCCGCCGGGCCCAACACCCGCACCACCCAGCUGUUCAUUAACUUUGCCGACAACUCGCGCCUUGACGGCAUGGGCUUUGCCGGCAUCGGUACCGUCACCCAGGGUAUGGAUGUCGUUGACGCCAUCUACGCCGGCUACCAGCAGGAGCCGAACCAGGAGCUCAUCUACUCCCAGGGCAACGCCUAUCUCCACAGCAACUUCCCCAAGCUUGACUACAUCAUCUCCACCACCGCCAAGGACCUCUCCCUGGCUUGAGCAUCCUGCAUCAGCGCCACCCACGUUGCCCCCCAAAAAACCAAGAAAAGAGAAAGAAGGAGAAAAUCGCCAAAC